AUGGAGGGAUGGAGGGCGGGCCCCUCCCGGGGUCUAGUGUCCUCCCGCCGGGGUUCAGUGGGCGAGGCCGAGCUGGCGCGGGGCUCUGGGCUCGCCCGGCCCCCGCUCUCCAAGGCCCCGCCCCAGGACGUGACCCCACCCCCUGCCCGGGCGGAAUACGCAGCUCGGCUCUGUGGACUGCGGUGGAGGUCCCGGAGCCUCUGUCCCCACGGCCACAUCCCCCAGCUCUGUGGUCCGUGGCGGUGUUUGCCCGGGAGCCCUCUCCCAUUUCUGCUGGAGGCUGACGUGGAUAAAGGCAGCACCUCACCUCCCACCAUGAAGCUCGAUAUCCAGUGCGAGCAGCUGAGUGACGCCCGGUGGACGGAGCUCCUGCCUCUCAUCCAGCAGUCCGAGGUGGUCAGGCUGGAUGACUGUGGCCUCACGGAGGUGCGGUGCAAGGACAUCGGUUCCGCGCUCCAGGCCAACCCCUCCCUGACGGAGCUCAGCCUCCGCAACAAUGAGCUGGGCGACGGCGGCGUGCACCUGGUGCUCCAGGGCCUGCAGAGCCCCACCUGCAAGAUCCAGAAGCUCAGCCUCCAGAACUGCUGCCUGACGGAGGCCGGCUGCAGGGUCCUGCCCGGCGUGCUGCGCUCCCUGCCCACCCUGCAGGAGCUGCACCUCAGCGACAACCCACUGGGUGACGCCGGCCUGCAGCUGCUCUGUGAGGGGCUCCUGGACCCACAGUGCCACCUGGAGAAGCUGCAGCUAGAGUACUGCAACCUGACGGCCGCGGCCUGCGAGUCCCUGGCCGCGGUGCUCAGGGCCACACAGGACCUGAAGGAGCUCGUGGUGAGCAACAACGACAUGGGCGAGGCUGGCAUCCGGGCACUGUGCCGGGGCCUGGCGGACUCUGCCUGCCAGCUGGAGACACUCAAGCUGGAGAACUGCGGCCUCACGCCGGCCAGCUGUAAGGACCUGUGUGGGAUCGUGGCCUCCCAGGCCUCGCUGAACGAGCUGGACCUGGGCAGCAACGCGCUGGGCGACGCAGGCAUCGCGGAGCUGUGCCCCGGGCUGCUGAGCCCCGGCUCCCAGCUCAAGACCCUGUGGCUCUGGGAGUGUGACAUCACCGCCAGUGGCUGCAGAGACCUCUGCCGCAUUCUCCAGGCCAAGGAGACUCUGAAGGAGCUGAGUCUGGUGGGCAACAGUCUGGGUGAUGAGAGCGCCCAGCUGCUGUGUGAGAGCCUGCUGCAGCCGGCCUGCCAGCUGGAGUCCCUGUGGGUGAAGUCCUGCAGCCUUACGGCCGCCUGCUGCCACCACUUCGGCUCGAUGCUGACCCAGAACAAGCGUCUCCGGGAGCUGCAGCUGAGCAGCAACCAACUGGGCGACUCGGGCGUCCAGACACUGUGCCAGGCUCUGGGCCAGCCCGGUGCCACGCUGAGGGUGCUCUGGCUGGGGGACUGUGAUGUGACGGAUGGUGCCUGUGGAGGCCUGGCCUCACUCCUGCUGACAAAUCGCAGCCUGCGCGAGCUGGACCUGAGCAACAACGGCCUGGGUGACCCCGGAGUCUUGCAGCUGCUGGGCAGCCUGGAGCAGUCUGGCUGUGCCCUGGAGCAGCUGGUUCUGUACGACAUCUACUGGACAGAGGCGGUGGAGGCGCGCCUGCAGGCCCUGGAGGGGAGCAAGCCUGGCCUGCGGAUCAUCUCCUGACACCUCUCCCCGGACGGCCCUCCUCCCCCAAGGAGUCCUGGCUUUAACUGGGGAAGAGCUUAAAUCAGCUUAUUUCUGGGAGAGCAUUUUAGGCACUUUAUUAAAACACUUUUCUGGCA